GUAAGAACUAGAUAGCAGUUAUCUAUAGCCAAUCUUUACCGUACCAAAUUGGCGCUCAAAAAUAAAUAAGCGUCUUGAAAGAUUACUGAGUUUUAACGUUAAAAUAUCUCCGGAAACAUGACCAACCGCCAUGAGACCAAGUACGAAAACCUAAGCAGCCACUUCCGGCUGAAGGGACACGAUUACCAGAAGCAGUUCUGCCACCUUUAUGCCCAUCGUCUGGCGGAGAUGACGCGCCUCCUUACGCCGCUGGCACAGAAGAAGUGGGGCAACAAGGAGUCCAUCAAGAAGCUGUGCGAGCUUCGCGGUGAGCAGGACGUCCACUGUAUCCUUAUUGGCACCAUCUACAAGCACCAGGCGCACAAGCCAAGCAUCCUGCGGGACAUAUCCGAGGAGAACCAAUUGGCCCCACAGCCGCCUCGACAGAAUUAUUCCGAGCCGGAGGACAAGAUUGUGCUAGAGGAUGAGCUGCAGCGGGUGCGUCUGCAGGGCGAGGUGAAGAGGGAGCUCAUGGCCACUGGAGUUGUGUGCGCUGCCCUCGGAGGAACCGACAGCGAAGGAUUCUUCAACGUGGAGGACAUUCUCUUCUACGAGAGUGGACCCCAGAAGCCGCUGGCUACGACUAAAAAGAGCCGCCUGCUGGUGCUCGUCUCGGGAUUAGACCAACUGCAGUCACACAACUUUGUGGAGGCCCUGAAUCUCUUCCAGUACUGGCUGGCGGGAAGUCUGGGAAAUGGCAAGGAAGCUGGCGCCAUGGUGCGUCUCAUUGUGGCUGGAAACUCGGUGAGAGCUAGUGCCAUGGCCCAUGUGCCUACUCUUCAGGUGGCCCGCACCCAGGCGAAUGCCAACGAUACCGUCCAGGCUGUAACCCAAUUGGACCAGUGGUUCGCAUCGUGGGCUCGCAGUCUGCCCGUGGACAUAAUGCCGGGAGCCUACGACCCGGCCAACUUUAUGCUACCCCAGCAGCCGUUCCACAAGUGCAUGUUUCCGCAGGCCGCCCAACUGGCCUCCUUUCAGGCUGUGACCAAUCCGUAUAAUUGUAGGUUGGACGAUGCCUUCGUCGUGGGAAGCUCUGGCCAAAAUGUCUCUGAUUUGCUGCGCAGCACUUCGCUGGACUCCGCCUUGGAGGCUCUUCGUUGCACCCUCACCUGGGGACACAUUGCACCCACCGCUCCGGACACACUGGCCUGCUAUCCGUACAUCGACAGCGAUCCCUUCAUCCUGCGCGAGUGUCCGCACGUGUACUUUGCCGGUAACUGCGAGUCCUUCGAAACGGCCCUGCACGAGGGAUCCCAAGGCAAGCGGACCCGUCUUGUGUGCGUGCCCAAAUUCAGCCGGACGCAGAGCGUGGCCGUGGUGGACCUGGACACGUUGGAGUGCCGCCAAGUCAACUUUAGUGCGGAUGCCGAAUAAAAGAUACAAUUAGCAUUAAUAAUACACCGUUUUAGUCUUGAGAA